AGUAGUGUAGUAUGGCCUACUCGGAUCGCCAUGGGAUGGAAAUGGUAGCACUCACUAGCGCGGAAUGAUACGACUAUGGCGCGCAGUUUUUUCCAUGCGAGAUCGCAGUGUGCCGGAACUGUCAAAGUGUGGAAAUCGUAAACAAAGUAUCGCGACGUUUGUUUUGUGGCGUUGUACCUGGUUGUUUGGAUUUUUUGCGCCCCGAUUCAACAAGUUUGUAUAGCCAAACCCACCGAAUCACCAUGGAGCUGAUCAUCGUCCGAGGCAAAACCUAAACCAUCCCCUCACCCCUCGCGAUGGGCACGGACAGCGCCGAAAAAUCCAAACACAACCCCGACGCGGACAAUCUCAAGUCCCUCCUCAAGAAACCUCCCGGCAAAAGGGAGGCCAAAAGGCAGAGCAACAGGGUGGUCUUCAACGAGACCAAAAACGAAUUCUUCGACGCCGACUACAUCAUCCUCAUCCGGGAAGAAUGCGACUUCGAGGAGGACGACGAAGACGGCGUCUGCACGUGCUACCAGCACGAGAUGGUGAGGCUCACGUGCUGCGAACCGGACUGCGACUGCUCGGCCUACGAGGACCAGCAGGAGAGGCACCCGCAGAGUCCCAAAUUCGCGCCCCCCAUCGAGUUCGUCGACGCGGUCACUCUAAGCCCCCCCGAGGGGUACAAGGACAUGGAGAUGGUCGAGCAGGAGAUGGCGGCCAUCAAGAAAAUGGCUGCCAGGAGGGGCGGCAGCGGAGGCGGCCAGUCGCAGCAGCAGAGGACUGCGGUGUGCAGGGAGUGCAGUGCCAAUCAGGAAUUUGAAACUGACAAAGGUGAUAAUUCUCAACCAAAUAGUGAUAUUAAUAAGCCAAAGAUAGAUUUAGGAGAGACAAAAGAUGACGAAAAAGAAGAAGAAGAGAAGGAAAAAAUUGACCAAAGUCAACAAACUACUCCAACAUCUCCGAAUAACUCAGACGGUCAAAACUACCUGUUGGAUUCGUCGUCGUUGGAGGAUGACAAACCCUCCGAAGAAAAUUCGCCUUUACCCUCCCAUGGAUCGCCAGUGGCGGGUAUUUUGAAGGGAGGCAAGCUGUGGAGGCAACAGAGUUUGGAAAACAAUGCGCUAAAAGUGAACGAACAAAUCACAAAAGUGGAUUCGAUAUCGGACGACGAAUCCUCAACCCCCAGGACGGUUCGCUUCAUCGAAGAAGAGAAAAAAGACAGCUGCAAGUCCUCCCCGGAAACAGAACGACAAGUCGAGGGCAAGGAAUGCUCCAAGGAAGAGGACGUCGGCAAACCACCAGGUCCUGAAGCCACCGAAAUGACCCUAACCUUCAAACUGGGCAACCACGUGUUGAUCUCCAACAACAGCCUCAAGCCCAACUCGGCCGUCAGGCAGCUGUUUCCCUGCACCAAGCCUUUGGCCCAAGAAGACCACCAACAGUACCUGGUAACAGCCGAGUCCCUUCGAGCCUUCGAAGAGGCCAAACGGUCCAAGCUGCCCCAGAUCAUCCAGAGCGCAGGCACCACUGAUUCUAUAAAGCGCGUGAUAGAAAGGAACACGCUGCGCAGGUCGCUGCUAAGGUAUGAACCGAAGAGCAAGAAGCACGUCCAAAAAACGGACAACUCGCUGGUGGAGCGCAUAAAGCAGUUGACGUGUGACAUAGACGAGAUCAGCGUCGAGGCAGAGGAGAGGGUCAGUCCCACCGGCCAGGAGGGAAACAACACUCUCGAUGUUAGUCAGGAUACCAACAAAACGAAAGACCGCAACUUUUCUCCAUCCAGCUCUUCCACAGCCAGCUCGAAUUCGUCCUCGAUGUCUUCCACCUACAGAAAAAUUACAGACCUGUUUGGCAAACGCGAGAUUCCUCCAGAUGCUGCCACACAAGCUGUCUCCUACGAACCCAAAGGCGUUCAAACUCUUCCAGACAUUGGGGGACCAUACACGGAACCGCAAGACAAACCCCCCGCCAAACCCACCCCCAUCGCCGAGAGCAGGAAACAGUUCCUGGCGCCCCUCACGGCCUGCGUCGGCCACCCCCCUCCCCGAGACGACCACUUCUACCGCCCGAGCCACCGCCUGGGGGCCACCCCCUCCCAUGGCCCGGGGGGCGGCGAGUACACCCUGGACGACAUCGAGGAGGCGUUGGCGGACGAGGAGGGGCAGAAGACCGCCCCCGACGUGUUGGCGGGCACUCCGGCCUCGGAGUCCGGGGACGAGCUGCUGGUGUUCGUGCAGCAGGACGCCAACAGGAUAGAGAGGAUCAAGAAGAAGUACGAGCCCGACCCGAAAAAGGACGACGACGACGAACACGACGACUACGGCUUCAACCGGCGGCCGAGCGUUCGCGGAAUUAAACCCCGUUUCGGCUCCACCUCGGAGAUCCUGCAGCAGAUCCAAAACCAGAUCCGAACUCCUGCUCCCCCGCCCCACAACACCAACGCCGCCUGGCCCUACUACUCCGAGACGGGCCCCAAUCGCGACGAAGAGUGCAACAGGCUGCAACAGGUUGCGCCGUACCAGUACGCGCAAGAGGAUGGGAAGGCGAGAGGAUACGUGCCACAGUACAGCUAUGGGCCUGGGACUGUUCAGGACAACCAAUACCAGAACUGCGGCAACCAGACUUGCUACCAGGAAGUCUACAAAACGCAUUCUGCUGUCAUAGGAGUCGAGAUAGACUGUCAAACUUUGCCGAAGAACAGGAACGGUCGACCACUAUCGCCGCCGCCUCAAGAGAUGUCGAGAAAUUACCACCAAACCAUGGUUUACAUCCCCUACAACCACAUAGAGGGGUACCAACCGGUCAUAACGGCGAACGCUUACCAAACCAACGACUACUAUCGCUACAGCCAGAAUCAGGUCAACAAGAAGUACAUAGAGCCCGUUUACCAGCAAAAGAUGCAGGCCGAAGACCCCUAUUGCAAUUCCAAUGUCCCUACGCACAAACUAUUGAGCAAAAGUCAUUAUUCGAACAACUACCAGCCCCUUCUGGUACCUGCCAGCAGAAGUGAGAGCCCUUCGAUGGGAAACUAUGCUAUGGCGAGGGGUACUCAAACACCUGCGGGUUGUGUGACCAGCUGCAAUUAUUAUCAAAAUCCGACAUCCAUGACUUUGCGGUACCGAGACUCGUUGUUGCGUCCCCAGUACAAGCAACCGGACUACGUCAACAAGGUGAACAGGCACAGUUUUCCCUCCGUGAGGCCGCGCUACUAUUCUCCAGACAGCUCUGAGCACUAUUACGUCGACGAGCCCGAAUCCCAGCACAACGGUACCACCAUGAACGGGUACUACAAUUAUUAUGCGGCGAAUAAGGAGUCGCCUGUUCAUAGUCCAACGAAAACGAGCAGGUACAUAGAAAGAGGGGUGCCAGAAGGAGCAGCGAGCGUAUCUCCGCAGGAUUCCAUGAGCACGGCUAGCACUAACACUUCCCCCACUCUGGGCCACUCCGCCAAACCCAUGUUUUACGCCAUGAACGUCUGAAUGGAGAGACUGAGGAUGCACAGAAAAAAAUCGAAACGUCGUAUGUACAUACUUACGCAGAAAAAUGUUGCUUUAGAUGA